UUCUUUAUAAAGGCUGCCUUGUUUUUGUCUUGAUGUGGCUACAGCUGACUGACACAUUUAAACAAACCAGGAAUAACCACGGGUACAAACUUUGUCCUCUGAUAUGGCGCCUUAUCUGUGAGCAGUGAAUUGCAGUCAGCACGCAGGUAAUGGCUAAUCGGUUAAACUCUGGGCAACGCUCUAAGCAAACAUUGCGUCAGGAGAGUCAUUUACAGUGGAAGAUGUGACUAUCCCACUUGAAUUGACUGUUUUUAUCUCUCCACGUCGCCAUGGGCCAGCGAGGAUCUAAACAACCGGAGGUCCGAGUUCUCCUUCUGGGUCUGGACAACGCUGGAAAAUCGACACUCCUGUACAAAUUGAAAUACAACGCGUGUGUCAGCACAGUCCCUACCAUUGGUUUCAAUGUGGAAAUGCUCGAGGCGAGAAAGAACAGGAAGAGCAUCGCCUUAACCGUAUGGGAUGUCGGUGGACAGGGUCAGAUGCGGCAGCACUGGAACAGUUUCCACCAGGACACAGCGGCCGUCCUGUUUGUUGUGGACAGUUCGGACCGGCAGCGUCUGGAGGAGGCGCGACGGGAGUUGGAAAACACGCUGAGGAGCGAUCACUUGAAGGGCCGUCCGCUCAUUGUCCUCGCCAACAAACAGGAUGUCAGAGAUGCACUGACCGGCACUGAAAUCAAGGACCAGUUUAACCUGAGAAAGACUUGUGCAGAUCGGGAUUGGUUCGUUCAGCCUUGUUCCGCAUCGACGGGCGUUGGAGUUGAAGAAGUCUUCAGACGAGUCGUCCAAAUGGCCAAACUCCCAUCGGACUCUGGGGCGAUGACAGAGACUAUCAAGGAGACAGUGCACUACCUCAAAGCCAGCAGAAGACAUUAAGAUUUAUUUAUAUGGAUUCUGUUAUUUGCAAACAGUCAGUAAUGUUUCAAAUUAUUUUUUUAAAGGUUAUAAAUCUAAACUGCAUUAUAGCCUAAUAAUAAAAUCAUACAAAGAGACUAUUUAAUUAAGUCCAUAAAUUCCUUUUAAGUGAAAUGAUUCCUUUGCUCAUACAUCUUCAGUGAAACUGCAUAAUCCAGCAAGCAAUACAGAGCAAGUGAAAGUACCAGGAAAAAUAAGAUAGUGAUAAUUACCGUACAUUAGAAGUAACUUUAGAGCUAUUUUCAUUGCUGUAUAUCGUCUUUCAGCUAUUAAAAACAUAAGUGCAUCAUU